AUGUCAGAAUCGUCAUUCCCUCUUAACAAGCACAGCUCAGGUCCUUCUAACCAAGGCGCAAAGCCACACCGAUGCAACGGCCAUUUGGAAGAUCUGUUGGAAGGAUUGUCAACUUGGCCCAUGAAUGUGUCAAAGCCAUUCAGCGUCUUCUUGGAGUGUAUGCAAUCCAAGCCAGGUCAAGAACCUCCUCGUUACAGUGAACAGCAACAAAAAUCAUCCAGCCAACCUUAA